AUGACGGUGCUCGCCGGCGACAACAUCGACGAAGCGUCAGCUCUGCCCGGCCACCCUCAGGACAGUUACCCUCCGGACAACGAUGACCACGAGUGCUGCGAGCGGGUGGUCAUUAAUAUCUCGGGCCUCAGGUUCGAGACUCAGCUGAAGACCCUGGCCCAGUUCCCCAACACCCUUCUGGGGAACCCCAAGAAGAGGAUGCGCUACUUCGACCCCUUGAGGAACGAGUAUUUCUUCGACCGGAAUCGGCCGAGCUUCGACGCCAUCCUGUAUUAUUACCAGUCCGGGGGCCGGCUCCGCAGGCCGGUCAAUGUGCCCCUCGAGAUGUUCUCCGAGGAGAUCAAGUUCUACGAGCUGGGCGAGGAGGCCAUGGAGAAAUUCCGGGAGGACGAGGGCUUCAUCCGGGAGGAGGAGCGGCCCCUGCCCGAGAACGAAUACCAGCGCCAGGUGUGGCUGCUCUUCGAGCACCCGGAGAGCUCGGGGCCAGCCCGGGGCAUCGCCAUCGUCUCCGUCAUGGUCAUUCUCAUCUCCAUCGUCAUCUUCUGCCUGGAGACCCUGCCCCAGCUCAAGGACGACAGGAAGAGAACCAUGCAGGUGGGCAACACCACCAUCCCUUACAAAUCCAACAUCCUCAGCGACCCCUUCUUCAUCGUGGAGACCCUCUGCAUCAUCUGGUUCUCCUUCGAACUCUUAGUCCGCUUCUUCGCCUGCCCCAGCAAGGCGGAAUUCUUCAAGAACAUCAUGAAUUUCAUCGACAUCGUGGCCAUCAUCCCUUACUUCAUCACCCUGGGCACUGAGCUGGCCGAGGAGGAAGAGGGCAACAUGAGUGGGGAGCAGGCCACCUCCCUGGCCAUCCUCCGGGUCAUCCGCCUGGUGCGGGUUUUCCGCAUCUUCAAGCUGUCCAGACACUCCAAGGGGCUGCAGAUCCUGGGCCAGACUCUCAAGGCCAGCAUGAGGGAGCUGGGCCUGCUCAUCUUCUUCCUCUUCAUCGGGGUCAUCCUCUUCUCCAGCGCCGUGUUCUUCGCGGAGGCGGACGACCCCGAGACCCACUUCAGCAGCAUCCCGGACUCUUUCUGGUGGGCGGUGGUCUCCAUGACCACGGUGGGCUACGGCGACAUGUACCCCAUCACCAUCGGAGGCAAGAUCGUAGGAUCCUUGUGUGCCAUCGCCGGCGUGCUGACCAUCGCCCUGCCCGUGCCCGUCAUCGUCUCCAACUUUAACUACUUCUACCACCGGGAGACGGAGGGAGAGGAACAGGCUCAGUACCUGCACGUUAGCUGCCCCAACAUCGCUUCGGACAGCGAUUUACGAAGCCGCAGUUCCUCCACUAUCAGCAAGUCAGACUACAUGGAGAUCGAGGAAGACGUGAACAACAGCAUAGACAAUUUCAGAGAAGCAAAUCUCAGAACUGGCAACUGCACUGUAGCAAACCAAAACUGUGUGAACAAAAGUAAACUACUGACUGAUGUUUAAACAGCUGCGGGCUCAGUGAAUGGGACCCAGCUUUCUAGAUACUGUUACUGACCCUUUGUAUUGCUUUGUUGACCUCGUUAAUGCGUUGUUGCAUUGCCGUUAUGCUCAGCAAAAUAAGCUUUCAGAAUUACGUGGAAGGUAUAUUUUCAUUUAUUUUUAAAUGGCUUUCUUUCUCC